AUGAAUGCUAUUUUCCAUGAGUUUAUUGGGAAUUUUAUGGAAGUGUAUAUUGAUGAUGUCAUGGUUAAAUUGAUCUCAGUAAGUCAACACAUUGAUCAUUUAAGGAAGGCAUUCCUUACUAUGAGGAAGAAAGGGCUGAAAAUGAAUCCUUUGAAAUGUGCUUUUGGGGUAUCAGCUGGAAAUUUCUUAGGUUUUGUUGUUCAUAAAAAAGGGAUAGCUAUCAAUAAAAAUAAAGCGGAUGCAAUAUUAGCAUUGUCUGCACUCAAAUCGAAGAAAGAAGUACAAUCAUUUUUAGCAACUGAAAAUACUAUAGGAUGUAUGUUAGCCCAAGAUGAUGAAAAUGGGAAUGAACGAGCAAUUUACUAUCUUAGUCGAGUCUUAACUGACAUUGAAACGAGGGGACGUUUGGGGAAAUGGAUGUUGGCAUUAACAGAAUUUGAUUUACAGUAUGUUCCAGCCAGGGCUGUGAAAAGACAGGUCAUUGCAGACUUUCUUGUGGAUAAUUCGAAAGAUCUGAAUGACAAGGGGGCAAAUGUAGUUGAUGUGGAAAUCAACUAUUGGAAAUUAUAUUUUGAUGGAUCUAAGCAUAAAGAUGGUGCAGAGGUUGGAAUCAUCAUUAUUUCACCAGAGGGCAGGAAAGAAAAUGAGAUCGGUGUUAUAUCACAAUCAUGUAUAUUGGCCAUCUAUGAUAAAAGAGUGUAUCGAUUAUGCAAAGUUCCCCUAAUAGAAGUUGACCAAAGUGAAAUAAUAGACUUUGUCGAGGAACAUAUUAUCCAUCGAUUUGGUAUUCCUCAGACGUUAAGUACUAACCAAGUGACCAUGUUUACUGGUCAGAGAGUUAAGAAUUUGCAGCCUCGAGGAGUAUUAAUAUGGUUACUUCAACUCCCUAUUAUGCACAGGCUAAUGGUAUUACCCUUGGAAAUUAAUUUGAAUACUUUAAGAGUAUCGAAACAGAAUGAGUUUCCAGUCGAUGAUUAUUGGAAUGCAAUGUUUGAUGAGUUAAACGAGUUAGAUUCAGAGCGAAUCCUGUCAUUGAUAAUGUAA